GUUCUGAGUGCGGUCAGCAGCGAGUUGACAGACUCGCUCACGAAGUUCUCUCUGGGAUCUACGGCGGCCUUGGGUGCUGUGAACUGUGUUGGCAGAUGGAUCACUGGCGAUGAGAACUUUGACAUGGUCGCGGCUGGUCUGAAUGCCGCAGUUCAGGGACUGUUGGGCAAGAUCCCGACCAGCAGCUUGGAUGAGCUGCCCGUGUUUGAGACGGAGGCUUGCUUUGACAUGUACAAGGCAAGUGUCGGAGAAGGUUGCUUGUGCUCCGUGGGCUGCGCUCGUAGGGAGGAGGAUGCCAGCUGUGCUCCGAAGGAUGGAAGCGCAAACCUCGCUUGUAAGACCGGCGGCACGUUCCUUUGCUUCCUGCUUGCUGCCUGGUCUUCCCUCCUAAGCAGGAUCUGA